AUUCCAGAAUUGACCAACACAAUUCAAAGACGUUGAAUUCUAGAUCUCAUCUAUUUCAAUGACGAUGGACCGUUCCGUUCGGAAUAAGAAGGAAAAGUCUCGAAGUGGUUGCCUCGUGUGUAAGCGAAGGCGCGUCAAGUGUGACGAGCAAGAGCCAAGCUGUCAAAGAUGUAUAAGGAUUGGGACCGAGUGCCCUGGAUACAAGCGACCUGUGAGAUGGUCUACCAAGUAUGAGAAGACUACGGUCUCUGGUUACAAUCCGACCAAUCUUGGCAGCUGCAAGACGACCAAGUCGGUUCAGUGUAUUCAAGGACUCUCGGCAGUUAGAGAGCAUUCGACCGCCCUGUCAUCUGAGCAUCUUCAAGAUACGCCUCCUCAUGCUGAGACUGGAGACCUCGACACCAUAAUAGUGCCAGGCACGUUGAAGAGCAUCAGCACAAUCACACCAUUUCAGGACUGUUCGGGAGAGGUAUCAGCACUCUUGCACUACUACUUCUCUACAAUUUGCCAUGUCCUCUCAUCGUUCGACUCCUUGCACAAUCCGUUCCGCUCGGAAGUGCCUAGGCUGUUCAGUCAGUCGCCAUUGCUGCUCUACUGCGUAUUGAGCAUGUCCGCCGCCCAUCUCUACCAGAAUGAGGAGUCGAGGGUUGUUGUCCCGUUACGACUCCAGACAAAAGCCAUUUCGUAUCUCUCUGAACAGCUACCCAGACCACCUCAUAUCAAUGAGUCUGAAGUGUCCGUCUACAGUGAGCCUGAAGUAGGGAGACUAGUUGGGGCUGAUAUUGGAGAUGAUGUGCUUCUGGGAACUAUUCUACUAGGAAUGACAUCGGCGUGGCACGACGUGUCUUCCACUGGGUUAAUGCAUCUCCACGGGUCAAGAGAGCUCUUCAAGACCUGGAUGUCAUCUAACCAUCUGGACACCACCAACCAGAGAAGAACAAUGAGCGUGACGCAAGACUUCGUGGUCUCAUCUAUGGUCUACUGGGAAGCCAUGAGCUCCUUUAUCGUGGACCAAGCCCCCAAUGCUCUAUCCUAUCUGGACGCUUUCUGCUACCACCAUCCGCCACGUUCUCGACAAACGCGUCCGUGUCCCUGGACAGGCGUGGGGACAAUCACCUUCAUAUACCUGGCAAAAACAGCGACGUUGUUCAGGAAGCUUAGAGCUCUGAGUAGUCUGGGCUUAUGCGGACGAGGUGAUGGCGUCCAGGAUACGUCGUACUCGGAUCUUUUGCAACAUGCCACGAUCUUACAAGAGGAGAUCUCGAGGCUCGAAGAUUCAGCUGUGUUAUCAGUUGCAGACAGUGGCGAUAUGUUCACACCUCCAGGUCAUCUCGUCGCCAUGGAGCAAUGUUACCGGCUGGCGGCUCUGCUUGAGUUGUACAGAGCAUUCCCUGAGCUGGUGGAAACCUCAACCGCCAAGGAUCACGCGAGGCUCGAUGCUAAUGGACAGAUUAAUGAGAAAGCAGAAAAAGUUCAUCGUUUUGCUUUUAGGAUCCUUCAGACCAUGGAAGAGAUACCCGUCACAUCUGGCACCGUGUCGACACAACUUUUACCUCUCAUCAUCGCCGGAAGCGUUCUCGGUCUAGUUUCGAGAGAGAAUGUUGCCGGUGAAGGAACUGAAUUUCUAGGCAGUGCGGAACAAAUUACAAGGUGGAGAGAGUUUGUGAGAAUGCGCACCCGUUGGCUUUACCAGUUGAUUCGACUGAAGCCCGUGAGGCAUGGGUUGCUCAUCUUGGAAGAAGUUUGGGCGCGCUUGGAUGGCGCAAAUGCCACAAGUCGCUCUAACUAUCUCAAUCCAGGAAGGGAGAGUUGCCAUUGGAUCGAUGUAAUGGAGGAAAAGGGGCUAGAGACAAUGUUGGGGUAAAGCUGCAACGGGUAUGGCAUUCCUCAGCUUAGACUUAGACGAAAGAACACGCAGAUUUUACCAGACAUUGGUU